ACGUCAGUAACCUUCCUGCAAUAAUACGAAGUAGAAGUGAAUUUUGCACGUAAUAUUUUUUAAAGUGAUAAAAAAAAAUUCAUUUAGAAUUCAAUAAAAUUAUUGUGGAACCAACUAAUUUAAUUAAAAACGGCUCCAUUACAAUUGAAUUCAGUGAAAACAAUGGCACCUAGACGGCGACCAAUUUAUCAAGACGAAAAUACAACGUCCGAUGAAAUGAGUGACAGUACGUACCAGCCAUUGCAGCCAUUACAUAAACGCGCAAGGAUACGUACAAAUAAUCAUAAUAAUAUGAUGGCUGAUGAAAUUCUACGUGAAGGCGUUGUUGUUAAAAAACGUGGCCGUGGCCCAUCAAAACGUCCAUGCCUCAAUAGAAAUGCCCAAAUGGCACGUGAAAAUCGUCAAAAAAAAAAGGAAUAUAUUGAAAAAAUUGAAAAUAAAUUACAACAAUUACAACAUGAAAAUAAAAAUCUCACAACAGUGAUAAAACAACAAAAUAUUGAUAUAAAAAAAUUAAAUGCCGAUGUUUCAUAUUUAAAAAGUGUUCUCAAUAAUAAAAGUAGUAUUACAAUAUUAUUGAGAUCAAUGAAUGAAAAUUUGGAGAAAAUACAACAUAAUAAAAUACAACAAAAAACAACAAUAUUACAUCGACAAAAUGAAAAUAAUAAAGAUUCACUUGAUUUUGUGCCAGCGGAGAAUAAAUUAUUAUUUAACGAUGAUUAUAGAAUAAAAUUAGAGAAUGAAAAUGGCAAAAUCACAAAUAAUGACAGCUAUCAAUUACUUGCUGAAGCAUACAGGAUGAACAAUAAUUUAUCAAAAUCUGCAGAUGAGGAGGAAGAAUUAUUUCACGAUACAAGGCAGGAGAAGAAUAAUUUCAAGAAUCAUCUUCCAAUAACGCCUGACAGUUUAAAUGAUAAAAUAAGUGAUGAUCAUCCAUCAACGACAACAUUCAAUGAAAUGGAUUUCAAUGAUUUUUCCAAUUUUUCAACAAACAAUAUUUUCGAUGAUCUUGGCAAAUUUGAUGAUAUGACAUUGGAUUUUGAUCAAGUAUCAACAACUUGUGCAACAAUUGAUGAGGAUUUUUUUCAAGGACUCGAUGAAAAUUCUGGAAUUUGUUUACACGUCAAUCCAAAUAGAGUAUCAUUGGAAUUUUGUUCCUCCUGUCAGAUGAAUAGUGCAAAUCCAAUAUUAGAAUGAGAGCCAAGGAUAAUGAAGAAGAUGAAGAAAAAUUCAAUUUUUUAAUCGAGGGAAUCCAAAUGGAAAUAUCUUCGUCGUUUUUUUUUAUUCUUUUUCUUUGUCAACGUCAUUUUGCUGGAUAAAGAAAAAUGGAAUCUUCAAUCUUUUGGAUAAAAUUUAAUGUUCAUAACAACAAACAAAUGGUCGGUAUUGAGUGUUAUUUGAUAAUCAGUAUAAUUAUUUAUUUCUAAUCACACUGUCAUGUUUAAUGCAUUUUAAAGACUUGAAAGCUUUAGGCUUUUUUUUUUUUGUAAUAAUAAGUUUUUUUUAGCAAAGUCUAAUUUUUUUUUUCUUCUUUUUUUUUCAAACUUGAAAAAAUGUAAGUUAAAAGGUUUCAGAAAAAUUUCUUUAACAAUUUGGAAAUUAUUAUUUCUUUUGAAAAGAAAUUUUUCCUUAACUUUUUAUUUGUGAAAACAAUUUCUUUUUUUUUCUACUAAAUCAAUUUUUAUAAAGAUAAUAAUUUGAUAAAAAUUAAUAAUUUUUAUAAAAUUAAUAAUUCUUGGAAAAUCAAUAAUUUUCAUAAAAUUAUUUACGUGGAAUAAUUUUGUUGUUUAUUUCCAUUUUUAUAAAAUUAAUUCAAUUUCUGAAACCUUUUAUUGUUUUUAAGUUAACAUUUAAUUUUAAAUAAAAUUAAAAUAAAAUAAUUUUAUUUUAAAUUAAAUGUAGAAAAAAAUUUUAAAACUGACGAAUUUAAUGGUUUAAUUUAAUUUAAUUAAAAAGAAAAGUAAUUUUAAUUCUUCUUGGAAAGAAGAAUUUUUUAUUGUUAUAAUUUACAUGAAAAAAAAAAAAUGUAUUGAAUUUAAUUUGAAAAAAGAAGAUAUUUUUCAAGUUUUUAAUGUAAUAAGUUUAAAAAAAAAUACGAAUGAAUGUAAGCAUUAUAUAUGUAUAGAUGUAAACGCGCAUAGAAUAGUCCUCCGAUUCUGUAAAAGAUUUUCAUUUUUACAGGAGAGAAGCUCUUGGUGCCAUGCGGUAACGCUGAUAUUAAAAUAAAAGUAAUCUGCUUGGAUGUUGUUUACAAUAAUGGACAUUUCUCGGAUCAUUAAAAAAAAAAAAAAAAUAAUAAAAAA